CUUUCAGAGCGGCAGGUCUGGACUCCUGUUGCGUCCCAGACGGAAAGUUUAACGGUUAUGAGCAGAAAGCGGCUCCGACCUUCGUCACAUCUGCCGUCAGAAGAAGAGAGAGAGAGAGAGAGAGAGAGAGAGAGAGGGAGAGAGAGAGCGGGAGAGAGAGAGAGAGAGAGCGGGAGAGAAAAACAGAUUUGCAUAAAGCAGGGAGAGGAACAAAACGAUGCCGCUCGUGUUGGAGGAAGUCUCCUAGUUUGAACACAGCCUCGGGAUAAAGUGAGAGAAACCCGGCUCUCCUCGGUAGCUAGCUUCCCUGUCUUUGUGUUUUUGAAUGGUGGGCAGUUUUUCCUGCCUGAGCGGAUUGUCAAGGAGAAGUUUCAGCUGGAGAAUCGUCACCAAUCCUGUACAGAUGGACCUUAGAUAACAGCAGCUGCAGGUCUGCCUUAAUCUUGAAGUUCAGCCGACCUCGAGGCGUCCAUCGUCCAACCAAAAUGGCUGAUCCCACUGGGCUGAGCCCCGAGGUCGGGGGGGCAGGUGUGGCCGAGGUCAACGCCUGUAGUUUGGAAAUUGAGCGAAAAUAUGACAUCAUCCCUACCAUCAUCUGCUCCAUGUGUUGCCUUUUUGGCAUCAUCUACUGUUUCUUUGGUUACCGCUGUUUCAAGGCCGUCAUGUUCCUGUCCGGUCUCAUGUUCGGCUCGGUCAUCAUCUUCCUGCUGUGCCACAAGGAGCACAUUCUGGACACUCAGCUGAGCGUGGAGGCCAGCGCAGGCAUCGGCCUCGGCAUCGGCCUGCUGUGCGGCCUGGUCACCAUGCUGGUGCGAAGCGUCGGCCUCUUCAUGACCGGCCUGCUGCUGGGACUCCUGCUGGCUCUGGCCGGCCUGCUGGUCACUCACCAGUUCUACACACCGACCACGCUCUGGGUGCCUCUGGGCACGCUGCUGGGCACCGGCAUGCUGUUUGCUGUGCUGACGCUGCAGUGGCAGAAGGCCUUCACCAUGCUCUCCACGGCCGUGUUCGGAGCUGCUAUCAUGACCGUGUGCGCUGAUUACUUUGUGGAGAUGUUGGCUCUUGCCAAUCACGUAUAUGACUGCUUGCGCCUCACGCCCGGGCCGGCGCUGUGCUGGUACAGCUGGGUCAUUCUGGGCAUCUGGCCCGCCCUCAGCCUCAUAGGAGUACUGAUCCAGUGGAAGAUGACGGGUGACAGCUUCUCACACACUGAGGUUGUCAUCAGCCGGAGACAGAAGCGGGUUCAGCUGAUGCGGAUUCGAGAGAAGGACGCCAAGAAGCGACAGCAGGCAGGUGGGCAGGAAGGCACAUACCGCCGUAAAGCCACCCCAGUGAAACGUUACGCUGGGGAUCUACUGGCACCGAGCUACCUGCAAAGUCUGCGAGAUCGGCAGAUGGGAACAGGUACUUCCCUUAGCAGCCUCGGCACCACCAACCCGACCAUGGUCGACAUGGACUGCGAGACCGGAUCCAUGGUUCCCCUCACAGCCACGACUCCAGUCGUCAGGGUCUGACCAACGCAGAGCAAAAAGACAGGACUUCCUGAUUCCUGGUGGGAGGUACCUUCAUCAGGAGAUUCCUUUGGUUAGGGGGUCUUCCUCACGCAGAGCAGCUCAUGCCAACUGCUCUAGCGUCUCUAAUUGCUGUGAAGUAGAUCUGGUAGCGAGGAUGUGUUUUUUUUGUUGUUUUUUUUUUUGUUUGUUUUGCGGUGAGUCCUGUGUGUCAAACAGAAUGCCACUGAGGGAUAACAAGCAUCGAACUCUGUUUUGAUGGUGUUAAAACCACUAUGACCACUGUGUUUCUCAGAGAAACAGUAUCCAGUCGAUACUAACAGAAAAAGGUCUCCCAUUUCCACUUAUUGUGUAUUUGAUACACAGCAACAACUGGAAGCCUCAGAAACAGACGUAUCUCUGCAUUUAGUGUACUGUACUUCAGAAGUUAGCCAUUACCAUGAAGAGUUUUAGUAUUACACGUCUUACAUGCUAGUUGGGUGGUUGUAGGAUUUGAUGAAGUAAUGCGUUUGAUUUUAUGUACUUCUUUUAUUUUUAGAGAUGCACCAAUCUUUUGUUUUUCUGCUGAUUUUCAAAACGUCUUUGAGGUCUGAGCAAAUUAGUGUUUUAGUUUCUGUAAAACAUGUGCUGCAGGUUCCUCAGUAGACGUUCUACUGUUGAAUUUAAUAUAAAAUGAACAGCAAAAACAUCCCCAUUUAUUCAUCACAGCACUUCCCCUAAUAUUUAUCUGAACUAUUCUGAACUCCCUAACCUUUAUCUGAGGUUCAGUGAAAAACGCAUCAAGGUACCGGCUGUUGGUUUUGUUUAACUUAAAACAUUAAAAUGUAAAUAUGUUCAGUUCUUUUCCACUUAACUUACUAAAAAGAAAUUAUUUCUCAGCAAAAUGUGGUGAAUUAGGGGUGAUAUUUACCAUCCAGAAAAGAGAUUUUACUGGAAAAAAUUAUCUUUUCACGGUGGUAUUUCUUUAUCCAUUUAUUAAAUUGUAAAAAAUCCAAAAUGCCUCAGUAUUUGAGCUGAUCAAGAAAAAUUGACUGAUUGUGAUCUUUAGGUGGUUUUUUUAGACAUUUAAAUCAUAUUUAGACAUUAUACAAAAAGUUGGUAUGAUAAAAAAAAAGAAAAGUGUUGGAAAUAUUGGACCUUUCCUACGUUCACAUUCUCUUUUUUGAAUUUGGUUUAACAUUUUACUGAAAUAUCAGAAAACACUGAUCCACAAAGUUUU